AGUCUCGACAAGUGAAGGGUUUGUAAUAUAAACAGCAAGCUUCACCCUAACCCCUGCCAAUCCUUCGGAGGAGCUUCCGAGAUGAAGGCAGCAAGCAUUUUUCAACUGUGCGUAACACUGUCAUUGAGACGUACUUGCAUCGGACUGAAAUGAGCAUUAUACGGCUGCAAGUUGGAAUUAGGUGACAACAUUAAGACUUCAUUUACUUGUCAAUUCCAUCUGACUACUGUACAUACCUACACCCAUCCAUAACAUGCCAUGAUUGGUGCCAAUGUGGAAGCAAUCAGUUCCAGUGAAAAUUAAAGACGUCCUCAGCUUCAGUCAGAAAAAGAUGAGUCGAGUUUUGGAUGGCAGUUUUCUGAUAAUUCCUUGACAAGUUAUUCUGUAUGGGCACUAAGGUCAGAUAUUUACAUGUUGACUCCUUGUGAUGGAUGAAGCUGAUGUAAAUGAGAGUACAAGUGAUGGUGAGCCACAUGAAAUUCCUGGUUUCUCUAUACUACAGAAGACAGUUCUCAUCACAUUUCUUUCAGCUAUUAUGAUGAUGACUAUUUUGGGAAACCUACUGGUUAUGGUAGCUGUAUGCAAGGACAGACAGCUACGGAAAAUCAAGACCAAUUACUUUAUUGUCUCUUUGGCAUUUGCUGAUUUGCUUGUUUCCGUCAUGGUAAUGCCUUUUGGAGCUAUUGAACUAAUACAGCAAAACUGGAUAUAUGGAGAUAGAUUUUGUCUUGUCCGGACUUCACUCGAUGUCCUGCUUACUACAGCAUCUAUUCUUCAUCUGUGCUGUAUUUCCUUAGAUAGGUACUACGCUAUCUGUUGUCAACCUCUGGUUUACAGGAACAAAAUGACACCCUUGCGCAUUGCAAUAAUGCUCGGGGGUUGUUGGAUUAUCCCAUCAUUUAUUUCAUUCCUACCUAUCAUGCAAGGCUGGAAUAUCAUUGGAAUACAGGAACUGGUAGAAGAAAGAAAAUCAAGUAUUGACACAAACAUAACAAAAUGUAUUUUCAUGGUGAACAAACCCUUUGCCAUAACAUGUUCAGUUGUAGCAUUUUACAUACCUCUUCUCUUAAUGGUUCUGGCAUACCAAAGGAUAUAUGUGACAGCCAGGGAGCAUGCACGACAAAUUGAAACAUUGAAACGUGCAGGAACCUCAACAGACUCUGGACAACAAGCUGACCAUCAAGGCAACCACAGAAUGAAAACUGAAACAAAAGCAGCUAAAACCUUGUGCAUUAUUAUGGGAUGUUUUUGUCUCUGCUGGGCUCCAUUUUUCAUCACAAAUAUUGUGGACCCAUUUAUAAACUAUUCAGUGCCAGAACAACUAUGGACAGCCUGCUUAUGGCUUGGAUACAUUAAUUCAGGGUUCAAUCCAUUUCUGUAUGCUUAUCUGAACAAGUCCUUCAGGCGUGCCUUCCUGAGAAUUCUGUGCUGUGGUGAUCGAUACAGACGAUCGUCUUUACUGGGGCAGACAAUACCAUGCUCCGCGACAACAAUUAAUGGAUCAGCUCAUGUAUUAAGUGGCUGUUCUGCAGUCUCCAAGCUGUUGCUGCAGUUCUGUAAUAGCCCUGAACCUGUGUAGAUCUAACCAAAACGUACACAGUUUUACACAAUGGCCAUCUUCAGGAGCAUGAGAACCUGUCUCUACAAAUUGACAUUGAGUCCUAGCGAUAUUGCUUUUGAACAUGACUGAGACACAGAAAACAUGGCCUUAUCUCAUCACUGGAAUUGUCUUUUUUUCUGUUUAAGAUCUUCCUCCCACUAAUAAAUACUAAAUAUAUGUUUACAAUGUCA